AGACAGUGUAGAGGGGGAUAAGAGUGGAUGGACAACGAGAAAGAGAGUUCCAGAAAGUGGACUUGAAGAAGGAGGAUCUAAAGGAGGAACAGGGGGAGUAAACCCAGCGUUUGCACUAAGAAGUAAUUGAGAGGCUGGAAAUGGAAAUGGAAGGACAGUAAAAGACUAAAAAGUGGUUGCAGCCGGGGGACAAAGGGACAGCAAAUACCCUUUAGUAAUUCCUUCAUAGCCCCACGUGAGGUUCAGUUGACUAAACCUGCCCCCCUCCCCCCCAGUCACCCCCUCCUACGGGGACAUUGUUCAAGAGGAUGUGACUGCAGAGAUUUUUAACGCACGUUGAUUUUGUGAUUCAGGGUGAUGGCUAUCGCCAAUUCCUUGUCCCGUGUGUUAGAGCUCGGUCGAUUUCCGUUCCUCGGUAAGGUGUUUGGGAGCGAAGAGGCGUUUGAUUUCAGGAUGAUCAACGUGAUCAAAGGAAGGCCGUUUUAGAAAGGAAUGUUAAUAAAAGGGAAAGACAGCGAAUCUCAAAAGAAAUGGCCGGGUCCAGAUGGAUCGAGACUGUCUUCAACAAACGGGAAUGCAUCAAGUUUAUUCCGAGCAGUAAGGAUAAUGCCAGUCCGGGAAGGAGCGUGUUAGAAUGCUGCUGUGGACAGUUGUGGCAGUGCCACCGAGAUGGGUCUCCAGCAACUCUUCGCCAUGGAGAGGAGUUGCACUGGAGUCCCUCCAGGCAUACACAACUCCUUCCUACGGACGCCUAUGGCACUCUAGAAUUCCAGGGAGGUGCCCAUGCAACCAAGGCGCAGUACGUGAGGCUGGCGCACGACACUCAGCCAGAGCACAUCUUGCAGCUUCUUACGGGGGAAUGGGGGAUGGAUUUGCCAAAGCUCUUGAUCACUGUGCAAGGGGGAAAAACCAACUUUGAUUUGCAGCCGAAAUUGAAGAAGGUUAUCAGGAAAGGUUUACUUAAAGCUGCUAAAACUACAGGCGCCUGGGUUUUUACAGCAGGCACAAAUACUGGGGUUACGAGGCAUGUUGGGGAAGCUCUGGUCUCUGAAAGUUCACUUCGUGAACGUGGAGGUCGAGUUGUUAGUGUUGGAAUAGCUCCCUGGGGCAUCAUUGAAAGACGAACGGAUCUACUUGGUCGAAACAGAGAUGUUCCAUAUCACCCUCUCAUAUCUCCAAAGUCAAGGUUUGUCGCACUAAAUAGUCAUCAUACCUUCUUCCUUUUAGUGGAUAAUGGGACAACAGGGAAAUAUGGGCCUGAGUUGAUUCUCCGUAGAAAGUUAGAAAAUUAUAUAUCAAAACAAAGAAUAGAAACGCGUGGUGGUUUAGCUACCCCAGUUGUGUGUGUAAUGAUAGAGGGGGGACCACAAACGAUAAGGCAAGUGCUAGAAUAUGUCACCGACUCUCCACCAGUCCCUGUUAUUGUUUGCGAUGGAACAGGAAGAGCUGCAGACAUAUUAGCAUUUGUUCAUAAAUAUAGCACCAAUGGUUUAAGUAUGAUUGAAGCAAAUAGGGACAACAUUUGCUUGACAUUAGAACGGAUAUUUGAUAUUCGAGCAGCACAAGCAGAGAAGCUUUUCGCAGAAGUUAUUCAGUGCAUGCGCAAAAGAGAUCUUAUCACAGUCUUCCGAUUAAGAGAAGGAUCUGAGCUUGAUCAAAGUAUUCUAUCAGCGUUGCUUCAUGCUCAAAGACUGAACCCUCCCGAACAACUGUCAUUAGCUCUAACAUGGAACAGGGUGGAUAUAGCCAGAUCACAUGUCUUUAAUGAGGAUGUUGAGUGGCCUUUAGGAGCUCUGGAACAAGCAAUGAUGGAUGCCUUGGUAAAUGACCGAAUUGAAUUUGUAAAACUUCUCUUAGAACAGGGUGUUACAAUAAAAAAUCUAACUAUACAACGACUAGAGGAACUUUACAAUUCAAAACGGGGACCAGCAAAUACAUUACGCUACAUAAUCCGUGAUGUCAAGAAGACUGUUCCACGAGACUAUCGCUACACACUUAUCGAUAUUGGCCUUGUAAUUAACAAAUUAAUGGGUGGUGCAUAUAGAUCUUUCUACACUCGCAGAAAGUUUCGAUCAAUUUAUGAGAAUUCUCUCACUGUAUCUCCUCGGCUCCAGCGUAACAAUAGCAGCAUUUUCCAGGCUGGAAAAAAUAUUUUGAAAAAUGCCCAGAAUUCACCAAAAUCAUACUCUAGUCAUGGAGACGUGCAUUCAGAUUAUGAAUUUGAUUAUCCUUUCAGUGAACUUCUGGUCUGGGCAGUUUUAACAAAGAGGCAAGGGAUGGCUAUGCUAAUGUGGCACCAUGGAGAAGAAGCAAUAGCCAAAGCUUUGGUUGCUGCUAAGCUGUACAAAGCUUUGGCACAUGAAGCUGCUGAUGAUGAUUUAGAAACUGAAGUAUAUGAGGAGCUUAGAAGCUAUGCAAAAGAAUUUGAGACCUUGGCAUUGGAAGCUCUAGACUACUGUUAUCGCCAGGAUGAUGACAGAGCUCAUCAACUUCUCACUUACGAGCUGAAGAACUGGUCAAAACAAACGUGCCUGUCUCUUGCAGUCGCAGUGAAUCACCGAGCCCUUUUGUCACACCCUUGCUGCCAAAUACUACUUGCAGAUUUGUGGCUAGGUGGUUUGCGCACAAGAAAAAAUACUAAUAUCAAAGUAAUGUUAAGCCUGCUAUUCCCACCGUUGAUUCUUGUUUUGGGAUUCCGAAGCCGGGAGGAACUCAAAACUAUGCCUCAGACGCGUGAAGAGCACCUGUAUGAUGACCAGGGUAGAUCAUCUGACUCAGAAAGUGAUACUGAUUCAGAUGAUGAUAACAUGGACAUGAGAAAUGAACAUGAUCCAGAGGCACAACUGGUCAACUCAGUGUCGCAUCUUUCCCACCCCGUCACUCCAACCCUCCAAACAGAGGCACCUUUAUGUAAUAGCAAUAAUGCUGUACCUCAUUCAAGCACAAUAACUGCACCUUCUCGCCCGACCGAACCUGCUGAAAUCAGGAGUACUAACCCAACAGUAGUCAUCCAGAAUGGAACUUCAGUAACCCCAUAUCCAGUCAAUGAAUCUGUUGUGUAUAAUGACUUACACUCAAAGCAACUAACAGCAAGAAUCAAAUUUUAUGAAUUUUAUAAUGCUCCAAUAUCAAAGUUUUGGGCCCAUUCAAUUGCGUAUACGUUCUUCCUUUGCCUUUUUACUUAUUUGGUCUUAGUUAAAUUACCAAAGAAGCCACAGUGGAUUGAGUGGUAUGUCAUUGCUUACAUAACUACACUUCUUUUUGAAAAAGUACGAGAAAUACUUUCUACAGAACCUGUUGAGCUCAAGUAAGU